AUGGAGGUUGAUCGAUCGAGUCUCCUCGACGAUGCCACCAAGGAGGGAAUGACGCCCGAGAGCAUCGCCGUCGUCGGCACCAACAGAGGUCAGGCAAGGCUUUCGCCCGGAGCGCCGCGAGCAAAACUAACGUGGUCGCGGCAACUCGCAAAGGAAGCAGUAUACUUGAGCUAUGAAGAUAUGCCUCCUGAUCUGAAGCAAUGCUUUCUAUACUACUCUCUUCUUCCUAAAAGUAUCACUCUUUUUAAUGAUCUUCAUGUGAUUGGCAUGUGGAUUAGCGAAGGAUUUAUUCACGGGAACUCUGGUGAUUUAGAAGAAUCGGGACAAAAGUACUACAAGGAGUUGAUAUCCAGGAACCUUAUAGAGCUAGGUAAUUUGAAUUAUGGUCAAAAUUACUGCAGCAUGCAUGAUAUUGUUCGCUCGUUUGGUCACCAUAUGGUUAAAAACGAAGCACUCAUAGCUCACACUGGAGAAAUUGAUAUUCUUAAUAAACUUAAUUCCAAGAAGUUUCAUCGGUUGUCUAUAGAAACCGACGAAGUGCAAUCAGGUGAUUUUGAUUGGAAGUCUUUGCAAGAGCAGCAAUCAAUGAGAACAUUAAUCUCAAAUGUCGAGAUCAAGAUGGAGCCCGGUGAUUCAUUGGUUACUUCUUCUAGUCUGCGAACUCUGUUUAUAAAAGGUGCAGGUGUGGCUUUGGUCGAAUCCUUGCAUCAACUCCAGCAUCUGAGGUAUUUGAAUCUCCGAAAUGUUGGUAUAUCUGCAUUUCCAGAGAACAUUGGCAAGAUGAAGUUUUUGCAGUACCUUGACACUAAUGCUUGUAAAAAUUUGGUCCAUCUUCCUGAUAGCAUUGUGAAGCUUGGCCAGCUGAGAUAUCUCAACCUUCCUAACAAAUUAACUAUGAUACCUAGAGGAUUCCACGGUCUGCGAAAUAUGAGGAUUCUAGGUGGGUUUCCAGCUCUCAUGGAUGGUGAUUGGUGCAGUUUGGAUGAGUUGGGGCCUCUUUCCCUACUUAGAUUUCUGAGAUUAGUUCAACUGGAGAAUGCAUCUUCUGCUGCUAAUGCUAAAAUCAGUGAGAAGAAACAUCUUAUCAACCUACUCUUGUACUGCACCCCGAGGCCGGAGCAGAAUGAAGAUGGGCAGCAACGGAUAGAGAAGGUGUUCAAUGAGCUCUGCCCUCCGUCCAGUGUUGAAAAUAUUGAUAUUUACUGGUAUUUUGGCCAGAAACUCCCGAGUUGGAUGAUGUCCACAGCAACGGUGCCCCUGAACAACUUGAAGUCUCUAUUGCUGUUCGACCUAGUUUGUUGCACCCAACUUCCCGAUGGGUUGUGCCAUCUCCCCUGUCUGCAGGUGCUUAAGGUCAACCGCGCUCCAUGCAUCAAACGUGUUGGAACUGAAUUCUUGCGUCCCUCCCAGCCAGCCGCAGCUUCAUUUCCGAUGUUAAACAAGAUGGUCUUAAAAGGAAUGGUGGAAUGGGACGAGUGGGAGUGGGAGGAGAAAGUGCAAGCCAUGCCCCGUUUGGAGGAGCUUUUGCUCGAGAAUUGCAAACCGGGGCGUGUUCCUCCUGGCCUUGCCUCCAAUGCAAGAGCUUUGAGAAAGCUGGUGAUGGAGGAUGUCGAGCAGAUCAGCUGCCUUGAGAUCUUUCCUUCUGUUGUUGAGCUUACAGUGGUUGAUUGCCCCGACUUGGAGAGUAUCACUAAUCUCCCCAGUCUGCAGAAGCUCACCAUCACGAGAUGCCCGAAUCUGAAGUCCAUGAAGGACGUGCCUGCACUGCAAAGGCUGUCGCUUGAGAAUGACGAGACGGAAACAGUCCCUGGAUACUUGAGAGAUGUGAACCCGAGGCAUUUGGAGCUAAGAUGCGGCCUAACGCUGCUCACUACCAUAGCAGCAGGGAAAUCUGGACCGGAGUUUGCCAAGUUCAGCCACAUCGAGCGUGUCAAGUGCAAGGGAAUUUCAGUCUGGGGCGGUAGUAGUGAUUGGUACGUGUCGUAUACAAGAGAGCCGUACAGCUUGGACACAAAUGCCAACAGCUCAUUCCUUGAAACCCUAACCUCAGAAGUAGUGGAUGCGCAAAGACUUGAGUCUGUGUUGAAAAUGCCAAGAAGAACCUUCGAUUACGUCUGCAGCUUGCUGAAGGAAUCGUCUUUGGAAAUUAUGAGCAACUACUUCUUUUUUUACAUGAGCUUCUUUUCUUUAGAGGAGCGAGUAGCCAUUGCUCUGAUAAUGCUCAAGUCUGGCGACCUACCUGCAACUGUUGGGUCCUUUCUUGGAGUGAACGAGUCAACCGUGUCGCUGGUAACCAAGAGCUUUGUUGAUGCCAUGUUGGAGAGGGCACAGCACCAUUUGUGCUGGCCACAAUCUGAUGAAAUAGAUAAGAUGAAAUACAAGUUUGACAAGAUCCAUGGCCUGCCAAACUGCUGCGGUGUUUUGCAUACAACGAGUAUCACAUCUGCGUCAAGAAGCUGGGACCAUCAGGAUAAGGACAGCUUUGUACUGCAAGGCGUCGUUGAUCCAGAUAUGAGGUUCACAGGUAUUUGUGUGGCACCCCGGCCAGCUAACACGAGCCAGUCAAGUUUUUUGCGCGACUCUAAUCUCUUUGAGUAUUGCGAGAAGGGUGCAUGGCUGAAUGGCAGCAAGCUCAAGAAUGACCUCCUGGAUAUUCCUCCUUAUCAAGCCGAGUUCAGCAGGAGACACUCUGCAGCUAGAAACAUCACGUUGAAGGCGCUGGCAAGGUUGGAAGACACGUGGAAGUUCAUGCAUGGUGAGUGGCGCCCAAACAAACCACUCGAGAUGUCCAGGGCAAUCCAUGUGUGCUGCAUCUUGUAUAACAUAGUGAUAGACAUGGAAGAGGUUGCAGCCAUGCCCAGUGACCAGGAUGUGAGUUACAGCGAUGAAGUGCGCCAGUUAGCAGAUGAGGACGCUGUCAGGAUGAGGGAUAUACUGUCUCAGCACUUAUUAUCCAGCAUAUCAUCUCAAUCUGAAGGAAACAGUUGCUUCAUCCAGCUCAGCGGAGAGAGCAAAAUGCGAAGUACGGGAAGAGAAGCAGUGCUAGCCUGCUGGUGAUCAGAUCGUCCUUGCACUCUUCUAAUUUGGUGGAAGGGAAGCUCCACAGUUAUGCAUUAAUGCCUUGUUCUUAAAGCCUAAAGCCUUGUUUAUCUUCAGUUAUGCAUUAAUGCAGAGCAGCCCUGGCAAUGGAGCCAAAGCAUAAUGCGAGCUGCACAACAUGGAUCAAAUGUUCCAACGUUUUUUAAAUUCCGGUUCAUCUCUUUGUCAAAUAGUACAUCUGUUAUGUGGCUUGUAUUGUAUAAACGAGUGGUGAGCUUUUAUGUGUUAAGAGAUUCAUAAUGUAAUUUCUAACCCUUUAGUUGAUGCAAUCUGAAGAAUUUGCAAACAUAGUCC